AUCAAAGAAAAUCAAAAGACCACCAUCAAAAAAGAUAAAGAAACAUUGUAUUGUUCACAAAGAUUGUAAAAUCACAUCUAUAUUAUUUUUCCAUAACCAAUAAAUGUUUUAUACAUCAAUUUAAUAGUCAAUUUCCUAGACAAAAAAUGUGAGAGAUCCUUCUUGAUGAGAAGAAAUCCACGAAAGAUUUCAUGGACUGUCCUUUACCGUAGAAAACACAAAAAGGGCUCAGUUGAAGAGGUCUCCAAAAAGAGAACGAGACGAAAUGUUAAAUUCCAAAGAGCCAUCCAGGGUGCAACUCUCGAAACUAUUUUGGCCAAACGCAAUCAAAAGCCUGAAGUAAGAAAAGCACAAAGAGAGCAGGCAAUAAGAGCUGCUAAAGAUAAAAUCAGGCAAAAGAAGGAGGCUAAAAAGAUGACAAAGGCCGCACAACAACCAGUAAAGACAAAAGCUCCAACAAAACAAAAAGGUGGAAGAAGUACUGGUCGUGUUGGUGGAAAACGUUGAAUGUAAAUUAUCACGCAUUUCACUAUAAUAAAUGGUCAUGGUUUAA